GAUGACAGAACUAUCGCCAACCAUUCGUGAACUAAUCGACAGUUGUCAGAAGGCUAAGGGAAAUGCAUAUUGUCCAUACAGUAACUUUCGGGUAGGAUCGGCUGUUUUGACUGAGAGUGGACAUAUCUUUUAUGGAUCAAAUGUUGAAAAUGCCUCUUAUGGCUUAACAAUAUGUGCCGAACGUUGUGCACUUUCAUCCGCUAUAUGUCAAGGUCAUCGAAAAUUCAAAGCUAUUGCUGUUUGUACUGACUUGGAAGAGUUUAAGGCUCCUUGCGGGGCUUGCAGACAAUUUAUUAUUGAAUUUGGAAUUGAUUUGGAUUACUAUAUGGUAAAUAACAGCGGUGAAUUCAAGAAAAUGGAUUUCGCUCCGCUAGUUCCACUACCAUUUGCUCCAGAAAGCCUGCAACAAAGUCAAAAUAAAGUAUGA